CAUCCAUCUCAUCAUCGCACCUCGCACCACCCGUCACCACCACCGCCAUUGACCCUGCGCCAUGGAUCCCAAGGAGCCCAAGGACGACCGCCGCAAAAGUCUAGGCAAAUAUGUCAAGCGCAUGAGCAGCGUCUUCAAGAAGAACAAGCCCCAAGCCUCUUCGUCUGCUCCCGCCGCCCCCGCUGCCUCGGCUCCUGAGCCCACCCCUCAACCUCAACCUCAGCCUCCCUCGGCCGCCGCUGCUGUCGACGAGCCUGAUCCUCGCCCCAUCAUCACCCAGGAGCUGAACCGCAGCGCCCUCCAGCAGGAGCGUGCUCGCGCUCUCUUCGCCAAGUACGGCCUCACCCUCGAGUCGCACGAAUGGAUUGCCACCGCCCACCCCAUCAGCGUCCAGCGCGUCGAGAAACCCAUCCGCAUGCGUGUCCACCGUUCCUGCCACCACUGUGGAACCACCUAUGGCGCCGACAAGGUCUGCGUCAACUGUGAACACAAGCGCUGCAAGAAGUGCCCCCGCUACCCCAAGAAGAAGACACCCACCGAGAAGCAAAAGGUCCCCGCUGCCGCCGACGACGAUGCCGCUGCCGCUGCUGCCAAACCAAAGAAGAAGAAACUCCUCACUCUCAAGUCCAAGACGGGCGGUGAGUUGGUUUACCAGCACACCAAGCAACGCGUCCGACGCACCUGUCACAAGUGCCACAACAUGUUCCUCCCCGCUAGUGCCACCAUUUGCGACCACUGCCGCCAUGUGCGAUGCACAAAGUGUCCCCGGGAACCCGCCAAACUUGACAAAUGGCCCCACGGCUACCCGGGCGACGUGGAUGCUGGCAGUGAUACCGAGCUCGAGCAGGAGUUGGAGCAGGCCAAGCGAAUGUGGAGGAAACCCAGGACCAGAGUCCGAUGGGAGUGCGAGGAGUGUCACCGCCUGUUCAUCGAGGGCUCGCCUCAAUGUCCAGGUUGCGGUCACGCCCGAUGUGAGAAGUGUAUUCGCAAGCCCCUCAAAAGAACCAAAGUCGAGCGCAGUUUCGACCCGGAAGUGGUCAAAGCCGUGGAAGCCAAGCUCAAAGCUCUCCAGGUCGACGAUGACCCACUCUCAUCUGCCUAGUAUCCCCAACAUUUAAUCAUGCGUACAGCGACGUCCUUCUUCGCCCGCCCCAGUCAUUUCCUCAUGUUUUCGCUUCCUCGAAACCCAUCUUCUUUUUGAGGUUUCCCUUCUUUAUCAGAGCUAGGUACAGGUAGACUGCCGACUAUGCCGAACGAUAACUCACAAGCUGCUCUACUGCGAGGCCAUGGCUUCCCAUUGCUCUACCAAUACCACACUUUGUUAUCCUAACCCCCGCCUUUGGAAAACAAGGACGGGGGGCCCUCUAUCUUUACUUAUGUGAACCGUUCCACCACCGCUGCAUUCAUGUCGUGCCCGUUACCGUUACUUACACGCGUCUCUCCCCGUGCGCCCAGCCCCUUGCCCAGCCCAUGCGGCCGUACAUCACAUCACACCGUUGUCCUCUCUCC